AUGCAUUCCGCGCACAAGUACGACGCCGAAGCCGCGAGGGAGGUGCCGCGCAAAGUACGACGACGAGAAAGCCGCGAAGGACGACGCAUUCCGCGCACAAGUACGACGCCGAAGCCGCGAGGGAGGUGCCGCGCAAAGUACGACGACGAGAAAGCCGCGAAGGACGAUGCAUUCCGCGCACAAGUACGACGCCGAAGCCGCGAAGGUCGAUGCCGCGCAAAGUACGACGACGAGAAAGCCGCGAAGGACGACGCAUUCCGCGCACAAGUACGACGCCGAAGCCGCGAGGGAGGUGCCGCGCAAAGUACGACGACGAGAAAGCCGCGAAGGACGACGCAUUCCGCGCACGAGUACGACGCCAAAGCCGCGAAGGACGAUGCCGCGCAAACGUACGACGAAGAGAAAGCCGCGAAGGACGAAUUCCGCGCACUAUGCCACCUAUGCCCACCUAUGCCACCUAUGCCACUUAUGCUGUCUUCGUCCCUUUUUCCUGGUGCUGUCCAUCACUUUCCGCCGUUACUGCCGUCGUCUCCAUUUGCUCCGCUUUUUUUCUUCUUGUUUUCCGGUGUCUGUUUGCGUGCGUUCUGCUGGGAGCGUACUCUGUUGUUCGGUGGUGUCUGGCGGUUUCCGCCUUCGUCAGGCGUUGGGGAGCGGUCCGGCCAUCCCAGUGGAUGUUUCUUCGAGGCAGCAGGAAUAUACCAUCGUGUCACAUGUACAGCGGCGAUUCUUGACAGCAAAUGA